AUGGAAAAAAUAAAAAUUUUAUUGGUGAUGUUUGCUUGUUUAGCACAUUUGAAACAGUUUCGAUUUGAAAAAUCUUUACAAUUUGAAAAUCUCAACUAUCAUUUAGAAUCAGAUCUGUCGGUUAAGGAUAUCUUACAAAACAUUUCAAGAAAUACUGAUAGUAAUUUGCAAUUGACUACUCAUUCCUCGAAAACGAAUUUUCUAGAAACCAAACUUAACAUGAAAAGCAAAGACGAAAGAAUCAUAAACGUUACGUGCAAUGACACCGGUGAUAGUUCGAAACAGAAUUCGCUUAAUGUUAAUAAUGAGGAUGAUCGACAAACGAAAAGUGAUGAGAAAAAGAAGAAAUCUUUAGAAGAAGACGAUGAAGACCCUGCUGUGUUUCCACUGCUUCCUCAUGGCGAGUACGAGGAAUAUAACGAAGAACUUGAAUACGUGGACCUGACUGAGGAACUCGUCAACGAUGACCACCAUGCCAGGAUUCUUGAAUACUAUGAAGAUCUGGAGAGGCAGCGAGAGAAAAAGGAACAACACCGGGAAAAGUUACGAAGGAAAAGAUCGGUUAAUGAGAUUCCUGACAGUUUACAUUUUUUGAAUAAGUUGAAGAAAAAAACAAAAUUUUCUAAAUGGAGAAACUAUGAUGAUUUUUGGGACCACUACAAAGUAAUGAAAGACAAAAUCGAAAACAGCCAAGAGGGGAAAGCCUUAAGAAAAUAUGUAGAAGCGGAAAAACAAAUUAUUAAGAAGAAAAAAUUAGAUCAGGAAAAACUUUUGAAGCGAGAAAAAAGAGGAAAACUACCAGUCACACUUCAGGACCUGAACGAACUCAACCAAUUCCUCUUAACUGUACUCGAAACUGUGCGUAGUUGGCUCGUCUACGAAGAAAACGGAAAGGUUCCCAGACCUAAAAUGGCAUUGGAAACUCUUUUAAAAGCGUUUCAAUUAUACUACGAAUGCAUGACAGAGAAGUUCAAGCAUUAUGAGAAGAUGUUGGGUCAGCCGAUGACCGAUGUUGCUGCCUUCAACACUCUAAGUAGCGAAAAAGUUACUUUGGAGUGCAAAACAUGUUUGCCCCCUUUCACGAACCCCUUUGAGUACGGCAUCGCGUGGUACCGACGUUUGUUGCACGAAGGAGGGGCCUACAAGGCCCUGCCCAACGAUGAAAAUCAAUUCUCAGUUACCCUAGAUGGCGACCUCACCAUGCACCAAUUAACUCCGGAAGAUGCAGGCAUGUACACGUGCUUCAACAACGAAGCCCACGGCAUGACAUACAUGAUAGGCAUAGAUGAUGUUGAAUCCAGAGUUAGGGUAUACGAACAUGGCGAUGGUGUUGCUCUGGCCUCGAAACCAGAGAUCCUAGCCGAGUACAACUUGUACGUCUUCUACCAGUGGUCUACGUGGACGGCGUGCAACAGGUGCAAUGGGCCCGGGUCUCGCAAGAGGGUUGGCACGUGCAUGGUCAAGAAAUUUGAUCGUAACAUCCCAACAAAACCGGUUGAUUCGUCAUCGUUGAGGAAGUACAAAGAGGGACUGCCGUGCGUGAGCCCCCUCCUUGCUUUUCCUUUAUACGAGGCUGCCAAUCUGAAGGAGAGGAAAACGGAGUUGAUGGUAUCGGUAUGUUACAAUGCCUGCGUCACUCAGCCGCCUGUCCGCGUCGUCACUGACGAGAAUGGCAAGCAGCUGGAUGUGGUAGCUUCGUUCAAAGGUCGUUCCUCAUAUUACGAAGGGGUGCCCAAGUUGGGAGUGCCCAUUGAAAGAUUGACGGCGUUUGCUGUUAUGAACAAGAAAUAUGUACUGAAAUGCCCGCACCAGAACGCCUCCAAGCUGCCAAUAAGAUGGCAGAAUGGAACAUUUGUGUUGGAGGAGAGCAAGCUUGGCUACCUAACGAAGUUCAGAGUUAAAGUCAACCAGAGGAAUGAACUUAUAAUUAACAGAGUGCUGAAAUCCGACGAAGCAUUUUUUAGUUGUUGGAACAACUUGCAACAUUUCGGGACAAUCCGGUUGUACGUGAGAGAGCAGAUGAAUUUCCGAAACGUGGUCCUCGAUGCCAUACGUCAUAUAAGCUUCAUAGUUACUUUUGGAAUGAUGCUCUAUAUAGCAUUCAAGUUGUACUUCAUGGGCGCAAGAGCUCCUAAACAAUAUAAGUAG